GCCAAGGGGCCGAUUUAUCAUUUUGCUGCAUUUUGCUGUAUAGAAGCGAUGGAAACAGUCAUUUUUAUGUGCUGUGGAUUGGGAAGAAGCGGAUGAACUGUCCCAUGGUUCUCUAUAUUCCGUGUGUCCUUUAUACAGUGCAUUUCAUCAUGAAACAAUGAAAUUGAGUGGUUAAUUCAUGUGCACGUGUCUUGCUCAUUCAGCUGUUGCCAUGCUUUUUAGCAACGACUUGAUAAGUUUCCCUGAAGAGGAUAUAUAGUUAAGUUGCUGCUAGUUGAAAUUAGCUGAAAUAGAUAACCGCAACUUUUGCAACUAUGGCUAUGGGAAAAGGAUUCAAGAUUUCCCAUAAACUUAAUCCACCAAAUGCAUAUAGUGUUCUUAUGGAGCAGAAAAGCAAGGCUGAGGCAGUACUGUUUGAAUCACAGGCUGUAGCCUUGCUUGAGUCUGAAGAGGUUGAUGCCAUCAAGAAGCAGUACACAAAGCUGACCGAUGCCUACGGAUGUCUGGGUGUUCUUCAGCUUAGCCUCAAUGACCAGUACUGCCUGCUCUAUCUGGCGGUGGUCACCGGCUGCACGUCGGUGGGGAAGAUCUGCGGUAGUGAGGUGUUCAAGGUCACCCAGACUGCGCUCAUCUCUCUUCAGGGCACGCCCGGAGAUGAAGAUAGAGUGGCAGAGGUCAAGAAGAUUCUGAAUGCGGGCACUCUGUACUUCUCAUGGAGUGCCUCCGGAGAUCCCCUGGACCUGACACUAUGUGAACAGCGGAGGCGGAGAACAAGUGUCACAGACAACCGGUUCUUCUGGAACAAGCAGCUGCACCUGCACAUGCAGCGUUUCGGCGUCAGCUGCGACCAUUGGCUGCUCAGAGUCACCUGUGGCUCGCUGGAGAUUCGGACUGUGUACGUGGGCGCCACGCAGGGCCGCGCCGCCAUCAUAUCUCGGCUGAGCGCCGAGCGGGCCGGCACCAGAUUCAACGUGCGGGGUACCAAUGACGACGGUCACGUGGCCAACUUCGUGGAGACGGAGCAGGUGAUCUAUAUGGACGACGAGGUGGCCUCCCACCUGCAGGUGCGCGGCUCGGUGCCGCUCUUCUGGGACCAGCCCGGCGUGCAGGUGGGCUCUCACAAGGUGCGGCUGACGCGCGGCGACCAGGCGUCCGCGCCCGCCUUUAACCGUCACCUGCGCCAGCUGAAGCGCCGCUACGGACAGCAGGUGAUACUGAAUCUGCUCAGCUGCUCGCUGGUCGGCAGCCGCGGCGACGAGGCCAUGCUCAGCAAUCUGUUCCAGGCGCACCACAAGGCGCUGCGGGAGCAUGACGACGUGCAGCACGUGCUGUUUGACUACCACGCCCAGGUGCGCGGCAACAACACCAAGGCGCUGGAGACGCUGAAGCGGAACCUGCAGCCCACACUGCGACACCAGGGCUUCUUCUUCGCCAGGGGAGACGAGGUCUACAUCGACCAGUGCGGGACGGUGCGGACCAACUGCCUUGACUGCCUGGACCGGACCAACUGUGUGCAGACGCUGGUCGGACUCGAGGUCCUGCUGGAGCAGCUGCGCUACCUGAACCUGCAGGAGAAGGCGUCCGUGGUCUCCCGCUUCCAGCAGAUCUUCCGCGACAUGUGGGUCAACAACGGCAACGAGAUCAGCAAGCUGUACGCGGGCACCGGCGCGCUCCAGGGCGGAUCCAAGCUGAUGGACGGCGCCCGGUCCGUGUCGCGUACCAUCCAGAACAACCUAUUGGAUAGCAGCAAACAGGAGGCCAUCGACGUCAUACUGCUGGGCAGCAGCAUGAACUCUGAGCUGGCCGACCGUGCCCGGCUCCUGCUGCCGCCCAACAUGCUGUAUGCCCAGGCGAACCUGCUGCGCGCCAUGUGCAUGUCCCAGGACGAGUACACCUCGCCGCGCACACUGAGAGUCUGCGUCGGCACGUACAACGUGAACGGUGGCAAGCACUUCCGCAGCGUGGCCUACAAGAACCAGAACCUGGCCGAUUGGCUGCUGGACGCGCCGCGCAUCGCCCGCGGCCGAGAGCUGGUCGAUGACAGUGAGGAGGAGCCGCCGGUGGACAUUUUCGCCGUCGGUUUCGAGGAGAUCGUAGACCUGAACGCCAGCAACAUCAUGGCCGCCAGCUCUGAGAACGCCCGCCUGUGGGGCGAGGAGCUGCAGAAGGUGGUCUCUCGGGACCGUCCGUACGUACCCCUCACCUCCGUCCAGCUGGUCGGGGUGGCGCUGUUCGUCUUCAUCCGACCCGAGCUGGUUGAACAUGUCCGAGACGUGGCUACGGACACUGUGAAAACGGGCCUCGGCGGCGCCACCGGUAACAAGGGCGCCGCGGCGAUCCGCAUGGUGGUGUACAACUCGUCACUGUGCUUCAUCUGCUCGCAUUUCGCCGCCGGGCAGAAGGAGGUGCUCGAGAGGAACGCCGACUACGCCGAGAUCGGCAAAAAGAUCUGCUUCCCCAUGAACCGCACCGUGUUCUCUCACGACCUGGUAUUCUGGUGCGGCGACUUCAACUACCGUAUCGACCUGCCGCGAGACGAGGUCAAGGAGCUGAUUGCGCGCCGAGACUGGGCCACCCUGCUGGAGGCUGAUCAGCUCAAGGUCCAGCAGGCGGACGGCAAGUGUUUCCAGAACUUCCUCGAGGGUGACCUGGCGUUUCCGCCCACCUACAAGUACGACCUCUUCUCGGACGAUUACGACACCGGCGAAAAGUGCCGCUGUCCCGCCUGGACGGACCGGGUGCUGCUGUGGAAACGACGCAUCGCCAGCCAGGCAGCGGCGGCGGACUGGACGCCGGGCCGCGUGCUCCACUACGGGUGUGCCGGGCUGAAACAGUCCGACCACCGACCCGUGGUGGCGCUGCUCGAGGUGGAGGCGCGACAGGUGGACCCAGAGCGGCGCCACGCCACCUUCGAGCGGCUGGUGCAGCAGGCCGGACCGCCGGACGCCUCCGUCAUACUCACGUCCGACACCGAGGACCUGUACUCGCUCACCGAACUGGACAACUUCAUGGCCGAGCUGCUGGCGCAGCUCACCUCAUUCGGUGACGUCAUACUGGUCCGCUUUGUCGGCGACACCAUGUGGGUGACGUUCAAGGAGGGCGGCUUCGCUCUGGCCGCCUCUCACCAGGGAUCUGUUCAGGUACAGGGUCACCGUAUAGCGAUCCGUCUUCGGACGCCCGACUGGACGGCCCAGGUCACUGAGGAGCUGCGGCUUGGGGAGGAUAAUACCCUGCCGCUGAGCGAGCACCAGGGCUCGCCGCCGCCCGGAUCGCCGCCCGCCUCGCCCGUCACAGAGGCAGAGAUAGAGGUGCAGUCUGCGGCGGCGGUGUGGGUGGCGGCCUCCGCCAGCGGGGUCCUGAAGCCGCAGCGGCCGCCCCAGCCGACCCGGCCGCCGCCGCCCACCUACGCGGCCACCCAGUCAGCUGCGCCGGAGCCGGUGAUCGAGGUCCGCCAGGAGGUGACCGUGGCCCGCGCCGCCCCGCCGCGGCCGGCCGCCGUGCCGUCCCGGCCGCCGCCGCCGCCCCCGGUCGGCGUCCGGCCCGCCGUACAGCCCAGCCGACAGGAGCAACCAGAGAGGUCAGAGGGGCCCGACCCCGCCCCGCCGGCAGACCCCUGGGCCGAGUCUGAGAGCGCUGCUGUCCCCGCCGAGUCGGCGGACCCCUGGGCGGCCAGCGGUAAGCCGGCCGACCCGUGGGCGGCGGCCGGCCCGCUGGCUGACCCGUGGGGCUCGGCCGACCAGCCGACCCAGCCCACCUCGGCCGCCUCCAGCCCGUGGACGGCGGCCAGCUCCGUCAGCUGGGAGGAUGACGUGUUCUCCGGCAGUCAGACGCCGGCGGGGCCGUCCGUGCCGGCUGUGCCGCCCCCGGUACCCAGUAGGGACGCCGCUCCCCCGGCCGUACCGAGCAGGGAGGGCGCCCCGCCGGCGGUACCGGCCAGAGAGGGCGCUGCCCCGGCCGUGCCGGCGAGAGACGCGGCGCCGCGUGCGGCCCCGGCCCGGGAGACGGGCGCACCGCCAACAAUCCCGGCCAGGGCCGGCGCACCGCCCCCGAUCCCCAGCAGGGAGACGGCGCCGCGGCCGCCCGUCCCCAGCCGGGAGUCGGCUCCGGCGCCGCCCGUCCCCAGCCGCGCCGGCGCCCCGCCGCCCAUACCCAAACGGAACGGCUAGGGAAUGAGCGUGUCGUACCGGUAGUAGAUAGGAUUGCAUAAUAGCCACACAGUAUACCGCGCGGGUGUAUUCCGUCUCCAUUGCCGCGUAUGACUGGGCGGAACUCGGCGAGCGGGAGCAGGCCUGAUGCCUGUCCGAACGGUGAUUGUUACGAGUCCAUUAUUUAAUGUCGUUUAUUUAAUCCGUAUGUGAUUUUAUGCUUUUCUUGCCGCGCGCUUGCGGUCCGUUUUUUUCGGAUCUGGCUAUCUUUGAUGCAUUCGAUCUGUGAUCGUACGCUAGCCUUUCAUUCGUCAACUUCUACUUAACUCGAACGCUUUUCUAGUGCUAUUUGCCUGUGUAAGGUUAUGCUUUUGAUUGUAGUUGCUUUGUUGUUAUUUUAUUUAUCUUUAUGUGCUUGGAGGCUAGCUCAAUGAGAUUAUCAGUCUUCGGCGACACAGAAGACUUUGAUCUAGUCAGAGGCAUUCCACAGAUUGUAUCACAACCUCAGCCUGGAUGGGUGGCCGACCUCUUAGUCUAUCGCUGUCCCGGCAUCGCUUCUGCUUUAUUCCAUGGGUGGAAUUCCAUAGGUAAACCAAGUUGAUAACUUUGGGUUUAUUUUGCGCACAGUGCUCACAGAAGACACAAAAGUAACCUUUUUGUAGUCUGCGAAUACCUUAUUGGUAAAAUAAGCAGUGCUGUUAUAUGGAGACAACAUUUUGUUAUCUAGUCUUCCUGGCAUGGAAUAGCGAGCCUGCACGGAGCCGUUAAAACCAACAGCAGUCAGCCAACACCGAAGUGAACUCCAUCGACACCUUCAGGCUGGCUGCGAUGGUGCACUUAGCUCGCAUACUCGUCUAUACAGCAGGCAGUCAGGACCCAAAGUGGCGUGGCAUGGGAGGCCGUCGGCGUCGGAUAUUUUGCGGCUGUUCGGUUCAUGCAUGAGCUGUUGUAGCUGUCGCUGUUAGCGUACUGUGAUUGGUUGUUUUGCUGAUGAGUUAUUUGUCGGUGAAGUUGAUGUUGGUGCUUAGAAUAGACUCGUGUUGGUGUGUG